GCAUAGGUUUCCAAUACUAAAUUAAUGAUAAUUUCAGAUAAAAUGCAGCUCGUUAAUCAUCUUGUUAAGGAUUCCCUUCCUAACUAUCUAUCUAGUCUACCCAUCCCAGAUACAAUACUAGGAUGGUUCAGUCUUGGUGUUGGGGAUUGGAUGAAAUUGAUUCCAUUUGGAGUAGCUGUCGGUGGACUUUCAUAUCUUUCCCUUCAGGGGCUCGCUAACACUCCUGUGGUUGGACCCCAUAUCAAGGAGAAACUAAACUGUAUCCUAGGUCAGGCCCCUGCAAGGGUCAACUCAUGUAUUCAGAUGGACUGCCCUAAAGUCGUGGACACCAUUGACAUAGAGGAUAUCAGUGAGAAAGCUGUAUUGUGCCGCUGCUGGAAGUCCAAGAAGUUUCCAUACUGUGACGGGACCCACGCCAAGCACAACAAGGAGACCGGGGACAACGUUGGACCGAUCAUCGUCAAGAAGUCCGCUUAACCGUGCCUGCAUUAGAGGGUCGGCGGCAUAGGGUUAUCAGGAUCAUCACUUUAGAAACCUAUGCAAGAAGAAACCACGUAGUCGUCCAGUGUAGAUUUAUUGAUUCUAACUUGAUCCAUUUAACAUAUUUUUCUUUAUUUUGCUAAUUUCAAGUAACCAGUGCUUGGAUCCGGAUCCAUUAAAUAUGCAAUCUAUUAGUGCUGUAAAUCCGUAACAAAAUGGCGAUAUUUAAUCAAGUACAAAGUUGACGAUCUCAACUAAAUAUCAUCAUCAUAAUUUUAUAAAAAUAUCAUAUAUAGAAAAACAAAUUUCGGAGUUGGAUUGUAUCUAAAGCACUUUAUGUAACAAAAGAAAAAUCUAAUACAAUUGUUUGAUCAAAAUUUUGAUGUUAUAAUAAAUCCAUAAAUUAAUCUGUAAUUUUCUUAAAUAUUUCCAGAA